ACAAGAAAAGAAUCCGUAUGACUAAUAAUCAUGAUUCAAAUCACACAUUUUAUCGCAAAAAAAUGGGCCGGUCCGUCCAGGGAGUCCUAUCCAACGGUCCCGAGGCCGCCCGGACAGUCCAUCCGGGGACCUUCCCAAGCUGUCUCUCUGUAUAUAUGACCUCCAAUCAAUACGAAAGUUCGAAGCUUUGAAUGUUCGAACAAUGCUUUCCCGCUCAACUUCUUCUUCCCGACCGCUACUUCGGUUGAUCCGAAAACCUCUUUCCACAAUUCCUCCUUCGUCGGUAGAUUCGGAGGUGCUCAAGAAGCUCAACAGCAAGGACUGGUUGGCCCCGAACGAAGUCCUGAAGGUCUUCGAGAACCUCAGAGACCCCACCUCCGUAAUCGUAGCUCUGCGCCGCUACUCGAGCCGGAGGGACUACAAGCCCAAUGAAGCCCUCUACACCCUCUCGAUCAACAUCCUCGCCCGGGCGAAGAUGUUCGAUGCGGUGGAUGGCAUCAUGGAUCGGGUCCGGGCGGAGAAGGGCAGCUGCAGGCUGUCCGAUGAGUUCUUCUACAACGUGAUCAAGAUUUACGGGAAUGCCGCCGGCCGCGUGAACCGGGCUAUCCAGACCCUCUACGACAUGCCUGCGGAGUUCGGGGUCUGGCCCAGCGUGAAAAGCUUCAACUUUGUGCUGAACCUGCUCGUGUCGUGGAAGCUGUUCGAGUUCGUUCACGAGGUUUAUGUCAAAGCCCCGGAGUUGGGGGUCGAGAUCGAUGCCUGUUGCUUGAAUAUCAUGGUGAAAGGGUUGUGCAAGAGCGGGAAUUUGGAUGCCGCCCUUAACCUGCUCGACGAAUUUCCUAAGCAAAGAUGCAAGCCGAACGAGAGGACUUUUUCAACCCUGAUGCACGCGCUCUGCAAGGCGGGGAAACUCGAUGAUGCGUUCAGGCUACUGGAGAGGAUGGAGGAGGAGGGGAUCUCACCCGACACGGUCGCUUUCAACAUCUUGAUUUCGGGGCUGAGGAAGCAGGGGAGGGUCGAUGAGGGAAUGGACAUCUUGGAGAGGACGAUGCAGCUCAAGGGCUGUGACCCGAGCGAGGCGUCGUACCAGGAGGUCCUGUAUGGGUUGAUCGAUGAGGAGAGAUUCGUAGAGGCGAAGGAGCUGAUGGGUCGGAUGAUCUUGAAGGGCAUGAACCCGAGCUUCAUCUCGUAUAAGUCUAUGAUCUCUGGUCUGUGCAGAGAAAAUUCAGUGGAAGACUUGGACUGGAUUCUGAUGCAGAUGGUGAGACAAGGCUUUGUUCCGAGGAUGGGAAUGUGGAGGCAGAUUGUCUGGGCUGUGUUAUCGGGACACAGCCAUGGGAAAGCGUCCAGAUCGAAUCGGUUUCUCAUGGACUGCUUAACUGAUUGCACUCAGCUGUAAUGUUAAUCUCGGGUUCAUAACUGCGAUUCCUUCAGAUAGUAUAAAUCUUGCUGCUCAAUUUUCUCGAAAGCACCUGAUUCUCAUCGAACCCCAAGGAAGUUCAAUCAGCCGAGUACAUGGCGUCCUUAAAAAAAAAAAUGAAUCGAUAUUUUUAC